GCAUCUGUGGCCCGUUUCAUCCUUCCCUCCCCAGAGUGCCCAUCCCCCUCCAGGAGCGCUCACGCAAUAACAUCCCUGUAUCAGGGCCACUUCCAACGCUUCUCCGUGUACAUGGGAGAGAACUGCUCAGUGAGAAAGCUGCCACGCUGGGCACUUUCAGGAUCUGGCCCAGUGUUUUUUUGAACUCAGAUGUUCCAGAUUUGUCAGUAGCAAGACUCUGGCUGAGGCCAGUCAUUUCUUGGUAUCUCUCCCUGGAAAGAAGAGCUGAUUCAGCUUCAGAGUCUGGAUGGCGAAGGCCAACUGCAGCACCAGGUAGGAGAGAGAGCCUAGAUCUUGGAGUUGGAGCUGAAAGAGCAUUGAACAGGUGUUGGGAGACCUGGAGACUGGUCACUAAAAGCUGUGAGACCUUGACAAGCUGUUUAAUAUCUCUGGACUGUCAGCUUUGGGAAGGUCAAUGAGAAGAUGCAUAUAAAAAGUGUGUUCAUGCUCCACAAGGAAACAAUCACCAAAAUGAAAAGGCAGCCUACGGAAUAGGAGAAAAUAUCUGCAAACCCUAUGUGUUAUAAUGGAUUAAUAUCCAAAAUAAAAAAGGAACUCCUACAACUCAAUAGCAAAAAUCCAAAUAACCUGAUGUUUUAAAUGGGCAAAGGAUUUGAAGAGACAUUUCUACAAAGAAGUCAUACAAAUGGCCAACAGCUAUGUGAAAAUGUGCUCAACAUCACUGAUCAUCAGGGAAAUGCAAAUCAAAACCACACUGACUUUUUUUCCAGUUUCCCCGCUCUGGUUGCUGCUGAGCCUGGGCAAGAGGAGGUGCAGGGCCACCGGCGCCCAGAAAAACCCUGUUGGAGGCUGUGCUUCUGUGAACGAAAGGAGAAGGGACAGCGGUGAGCAUGUCGGCCCUGAACUGGAAGCCCUUCGUGUACAGAGGCCUGGCCUCCAGCAUGGAGGAGUGCAGUACAUUACCAACUGAUUUAACCAAGACACGGCUCCAGAUUCAAGGCCAGAAGAAUGAUGCAAACUUUCAGGAAAUCAGGUAUCGAGGAAUGUUGCCUGCGUUAGUGAGGAUAGGCAGAGAGGAAGGCCUGAAAGCACUGUAUUCGGAGAUUGCCCCUGCGAUGCUACGCCAGGCUUCCCAUGGCACCACCAAGAUAGGCACCUACCAGAGCUUGAAGCGGUUAUUUGUGGAGCGCGCAGAAGAUGAAACCCUUCUGAUAAACGUGGUCUGUGUAAUUCUCUCUGGAGUUGUAUCCUCAACCAUUGCUAAUCCAACUGAUGUUUUGAAAAUUCGGAUGCAAGCACAAAACAGCACCCUUCAAGGAGGAAUGAUAGGUAACUUCAUUAACAUUUACCAGCAAGAGGGAACAAGAGGACUGUGGAAGGGCAUGUCCCUUACUGCUCAGAGGGCUGCUAUUGUUGUCGGCGUGGAGCUGCUGGUCUAUGACCUCACCAAGAAGCAUCUGAUUCUCUUGGGUCUGAUGGGGGAUGCUGUGAGAGGAAAUACACAUUUCCUCUCAAGCUUCACCUGUGGGCUGGCGGGGGCCCUGGCCUCAAACCCUGUUGAUGUGGUGAGAACACAUAUGAUGAAUCAGAGAGUCCUUCGAGAUGGCAGAUGCCCUGGCUACACAGGUACCUUGGAUUGCCUGUUACAGACAUGGAAGAAUGAAGGGUUUUUUGCUCUGUGUAAAGGGUUUUGGCCAAACUGGUUGAGACUUGGUCCUUGGAAUAUUAUUUUCUUUGUGACAUAUGAGCAGUUGAAGAAAUUGGAUUUGUGACAAGUCAAGACUGCAUGAGCCAUCCCUCUGAAAAUGCUCACUUCUGAAAUAGCAGAGCUUCCUGUCUUUCCCACUGCUUCUCAUUGCUUGGCCCGCCACAGAUUCUGAGGUGUGAGCAACAGGUGAAGCCUGGGUGAGCUCAGAUCGCUGUGUCCUGGCAUUGAAUGCUCUGCACCAAAUAUUUAAUGGCAUAGACUGUGACAUCCAAACACCAGUCCUUACCAUUCAAGUGCCCUUUGACAUCAAA